AUGUACCCCUCACAGGUUUGCAAGGCCUGCGGCUGGGAGGAAUAUGAUCAUGACUACAAAAGUCAUGUCAAACUGUUCUUUCAGGCAGGCGACCGAGGCGUCUGGUCAUUGGGAUCCGAACUGAUCCUCAAAGAUCGAGGGCACAAUCUUCCAACCGACGAGGCGUCCAAUAUCCGACUCGUGCAGGAACAAACUUCCAUCCCGGUCCCGAAGAUCGUCAAGACUUGGAAAGAAGAUGAUCAUACCCUGACAUUGAUGGAGAGCCCUCCUGGACAGCCACUUAGCACUGUUUGGCGAAGGCUCUCCUCCGAGCAGAGAGAAAGCAUCGCAAAACAGACAGCCAAUUAUGUGCUUGAACUUCGCAAACUUCAUUCCGAUCGCAUGGAAUCCCUCGAUGGCGGACCGGUAUCUACCAACUUUCGUUUCGGAAAUUAUCAGGACGUCCGUCCUUGUGGCCCAUUCGCAUCUGAUGACGAACUCUGGGCCGAGUUAGAGUCUAGAUUGCACGAAGCUGUUCCCGAGCGCGUGCGAAAACUACUACGAAGUCGCAUGCCACCAUCUACGCCGUAUACCUUUACCCAUGGGGAUCUUAGCUACACCAACAUCAUGGUCAAGGAUGGCUGUGUUACCGGGAUCAUUAAUUGGGAGACGGCCGCAUACAUGCCUGUAUGGUGGGAGUCUGCUUCCUCCUGUGUUACGAACUUCUAUGGUGAUGACGAAGAGUGGAGGAUGCUGUUGCCCGAUUACAUGCCUGAUCAUACUGAUGCCCUCCAAUUCUGGAGAGAAUUUCGUUAUCUCUGUCUCGAUCCGGGCCGGGUAGGGAUGCAGUUUAUCGAACAAUUCGAGCGAAAGUCAAUCAGCCCGGAUGAGCUUUUUGCAUAUACCAACGGCCAUUUCCUGGUCGAUGAACAGCAUCAGCUGGCCCGGCGUUACGUGAAAUUCGAUCUCGAUGCUCUCUGCAACGUAGCUACGGCUGUCGGCGUCGAUCCGUCUCCCGUAUUAAGCGUGGAGAAAAUGGAGGGUGGCUUUAGCAAGGCUCUACUGAUGAACAAGGAAAAUGGAACCGAGGUCGUUGCCAAGCUCCCUUGUCGCAUUGCAGGACCUGCAGAACUUACAACGGCAUCCGAGGUGGGUGUCUUAAAAUACUUUCCUCGUGUGCUCCAAUGGUCCUCUAAUAAAGCGAGUUCUGUAGGUGCCGAGUAUAUAAUAAUGGAGAAAGCUGCCGGCGUUCCCUUGUUUCGUAGAUGGGGGGUUAUGACAGAACCACAGAAGUUGCAGCUUGUUCAGAACUUGACAAAGCUCGAGGCACAGUUAUCAGCUAUCCGGUUUCCUGCCUACGGUGGUUUAUAUUUGCGCGACUAUCUACAGAACUCAGAUUAUCGAUGUUUACUGCUCGAUGACAAUGUUGAUCCAUCGCAGUCAUUUAGUGUCGGCCCUUCUCCUGACCGGUCAUUUGACACCCAGUGUGCCGAGCAACCUACACCGUCAAACAAACCUACUGAUCGAGGGCCUUGGACCACAUUAUCGGGACUUGGUAUAGCUAUUGCAGAGCGUGAGCUAUCCCGCAUCUCCGGUAUACCACCAAACAAAUCAGCCAUGUUCUAUCGAGGCACCUUGGAAGAACAAUCUCAACUCCUUAAUUUCACAAUACGCCUUAUGCCCAUGUUAGACUCUCACCCACUACUAGGCCAAUCCGCACAGCCUACUCUCUGGCACACCGAUCUCCACAUGGGUAAUAUAUACGUGGCACCCGAAGACAGUACUAGAAUAGUUUCAAUCAUUGAUUUCCAGUCUCUAGCGGUAAUGCCCGCCUUUCUCCAGUCGCGCUGGCCCGAGUUCUUGAAGCCCCCAGACAACUACACGCAAGGCUUCGCGCAUCCCGAGCUUCCUGAUGGGUACGACAAUAUGGACGAUGAGAGCAAGUUGCUAGCCCGACGCGAGUGGUCGCAGGCCAAGCUGGCAAAAGCGUACGAAGUCUCCACCUACCUCGAGAACCGACCAGCACAUAUUGCGAGAAAUAUACCACGAGUAAUUCAAGAACUAUUCAUCCGCAGUGGAGAGGUAUCCGAGAUGGGUGUUAUUCCCCUCCGAGCAUGUCUGAUCGAAAUCUUUCAGAACUGGGCCGAUCUAGGCUUUACCGGAUCGUGUCCAUUUUCCUUCACUGAGGAGGAUAUCGAGACGCACGAGCGACAGUUUGUGGAGUACCAGGCUUGGCAUGAGGUUCAGCAUCUUGCUCAGGAGUGUCUCGACACAGACACAGAAGGAUGGAUAUCACCCGAGCUGGAUAUUGAGGAAAAGCGACGCCAGAACCGGGAGUUACUAGCAAUGUUUAUCGAGCGCAUGGCGGAUGAGAAAUCACCGGAGGCGAGGAGGAUGUGGCCGUUUCUAGAUGAUGGAUAA